AUGGAAGAGUGUUCCAAUCCCCAACUCCUCUCCUGGGUAAAGGAGUGGCUCGACACGGCUCGUGAGCGCAACUCCAAAGGCUUCACCACCUAUCGAAACGCCUAUGAAUCCCUCAGAGCGUGUCCUCUUGUCUUUCAGCACCCUGCCGAGCUGCAACAACUCAAGGGUUUUGGCCCGAAGCUGUGCGAGAGACUUACCGACAAGCUCAAGAAGCAUUGCCAGGACAAUAACCUUCCCAUGCCCGAGCACCCUCAAGCGAGGAAAGCAGCCGAGAGAGCGCAACGAGAGGAGGAAGCGGCUGUAGAAGGAGGUCCAGCCCCUAAGAAACGCAAGACUCGACAGCCCAAAGCCUACGUCCCAGCUUUUCGCUCUGGUGGCUAUGCGCUCCUGAUUGCUCUCUCAACUCAGCCGGACGACGUCUUCUCGGGCAUGACGAAAGCCGACCUGAUUGAAACUGCACAGCCGCAUUGCGACGCUUCCUUUACGGCACCCACAGACCCGACCAAGUUUUACACGGCGUGGAACUCGAUGAAGACGUUGGUGCAAAAGGAACUCGUCUAUGAGAGGGGACGGCCCCUGCGGCGAUAUGCACUGACCGAUGAAGGAUGGGAGGUGAUCAGGCGGAUCAAGGAGACUCGAGAAUGGCGGGCGGACAAUGAAAGUGCGAUUGUAGGGGACCAUACCACCUCUGCGCAACCAGCUAUUCGCCCUCCGUCUCCCGAGGUUGAAAUCAUUCAAGAGGACAAUGACAACAGUACUAACCCGGUAGACAACAAGUUGCCAUCGUUUAGCCGCAUCAAACUACACCCGGGGUCGUUCUCGGUGAAGCUCCUCUUGGACGUGCGCGAGGUUCGAGCCAAAACCGACCGCGAUUACAUGCAAGACGAGCUUGCCAAGCUCGACGCUGCCCCAUUGAUGCGAAGCCUGGAAGUGGGCGACGCUCAGUGGGUUGCCAAGUGCCAUGAUCCCACACUCUUGCAGAGACUCGGCGCGGAGGGCGACGAGAUUGUGCUAGACUGGAUCGUGGAGCGGAAGCGCCUCGACGACUUGAUUGGGAGCAUCAAGGACGGCCGCUUCCACGAGCAAAAAUUUCGUCUCAAGCGCUCCGGUGUUCAGAAUGUCAUUUACAUCAUUGAGGACAUCACAAUGGACUCGCAGACGUAUCAGAGAUACGAGGAGGCCGUUCACUCUGCCAUUGCGUCCACCCAGGUCGUCAAUGGAUACUUUGUGAAGCGGACCGCCAUGAUGGACGAGACGGUCAAGUACCUGGCACGCCUAACCGCCAUGCUGAAGCGCAGGUAUGAGAAGCAGACGUUGCAUGUCAUUCCAUCGAGGGUGAUUACUGCACAAAACUAUGCACCUUUGAUGCAACACCUGCGGGAGACGCAGCCUUCCGUCGGACAUUACAUCACAUACCAGACGUUUUCCUCCUUGGCGUCCAAGUCGGAAAUGAUGACGUUACGGGAUGUAUUUUUGAAAAUGUUAAUGACAACCAGAGGCUUGACUGGCGAGCGAGCCCUGGAAAUUCAAAAGCGCUGGCGCACACCGUACGACUUGGUAAAGGCAUUUGAGGCCUGUGGUCCUGGAGAGGUGGGGAAGAAACGGAAGCACGAGCUCGUGUCGAGCCAGCUGAAUCAUUUGGUGGGCAGAAAGAAGAUUAGUAAGGCACUGAGUCAAAAGAUUGCUGAGGUUUGGGGCGAUGCCUAG